AUGUCACCCACCAAAAGACCCAUCGACUACACAUCCUCGGAGUCCGAAGAUACCAAUACCGAUAUCAAACCUCAUAUCAGCUCGACUCUUCCUUCCACACCUAAAAAGGAGAUCAUUCCCAAGAAAACCAAGACGCCUACUCCGAAGAAGGUCAAAUCGAGUGCCGCCAACACAAGCAACAAUUCUGAAGGCUGGUCUCCCCAAGAUAGGUUGAACCUCUUCGAAGCGUUUGUCAGUACAGUCGAAGUAAAAUGGGAUGAAGUAGCUGCGAAAAUGGGUCCUUAUUAUACUGGUAAACAAUGUAGAGAACAAUGGCAGAGAGCUACAGGGAAAAGAAUCAGGAAGGCUCUUGGAGAGGAGUAG